CCCGCGGCCAAACGGCUCCACAUAUAUCUGCCUGCCAUGCCCGUGCGCCAGAGAUAUGGCCGUAGUCCCCCUACCUACCUACCUACCUACCUACCCAAUCUAAGCCUUCACGAGCACAUAUGGGACAGAACACUGCCCUCAACGACUCCGACUCCGACUCCGACUCCGGCACCUUUGAUCACUAGCUGCUGCUGGAAACGGUCCAGAAUCCCUGAAUUUCGUCGAAAAUGCGGGAAGGAAACCAACCGCUCCAUCCAACAGCCGUGGCGAUGGACGAGCUGCUCCUUGAAUUUGGUAGAGAUGAUCGGCGUUGAAGAGCUGUCAGAUUACGGCAUGAGAAUUUGCUCAUGUGCCAAUUCCAAAACCCUAAUUGACUCUGUCAAGUUUCAAUUUAGGGUUUAGGCUUUGAUUAAGUAAGUAUGAAUGAAGGUAAAUACAAAUUAGACGAGUGGAACCCUCCCUAAUAAUUGAAUCUUGCCCAAAGAGUUGAAUUGAAAACCUUUCAGAAGAGUAUGGAAGCUCUGACGAAAAAAUGAAUGAGAUAUGAUCUUCGUCUUCGGGCGGGGCAGGGCGGGGCCUCCUCUCCCCUCUCUCUGUCAAUGGGAAAAAUUGUGCAGACAAAAUUAUUUAUUGUACAUGAAGAUCAAUCGACGAAAGGUCAUGGUCAGGUCCAUAGAAUUCUCCAAACAAUCGAUCAGUAGUACUUGUUUCCCAUUCAAGGAGAAACAGAGUCGAGACACGUCAUUGAGUUAGUCAUGGAAGCCUCUGCCACAUUGCAUUUAUUAUGCUGAAUUUCAGUGUCGCUUUUCACUUUUCGCUUUCCAUGCACGAAGAAUGCGUGACUGAAGCAGUGCAGGUAUGUUCAGUUUCCAUUGCUAAUUAAUUCAUCCUGGUAGCGACAGAUUGGGCAGGAAUUGCAAAAUGAAGACGUCGAGGAAGAGAAGUGGUGGCGGCGGGGGGAAGAUUGAUCCGAGCAGCUUACAUUUGAGGAAAGAAUCGACGCAGAAUCGGAAGGGGGCAGCGAAAGUGGCCACACAGCGGUCUCCGAUUUGUUCUGCACGGACGCUCGCCAAGCAUCUCCACAACAAUGGCGAGAUUGAUGGUAUUGCCAUUGCUGCUUUGUCUGUGGGAUAUCCAUUGGAAGUGCAGAGUAAUGUUGACGGCUGUAGUUGCUGCACUAAUGGUGUUUGUGGAAAUGCCACUGCAAAGGAGACAGAUAGGAGUGUGUUUUUAUGCAAUCGGAGGAGCAGAAAAUCCGAGAGUGAAGUGAGCAAACUCAUUACUGAGGAUGAUGGUGAAGAUAGUAAGGGCCAACCGUCAUUUUCGACUCGGGAUGAUGACAAUAGCUUCGAGAGCUACCCAUCAGGAGUCUUCACCUGCAAGAAUGCAAACUUUGCAGCCUCCAUUUGCAGUGUUAACAAGAGCAGAUUGAAGAAGAAGACUAACUAUACUGGUACGGGCUUUCGAUGUCAUAAUGGAAGACUUGGAAAGCAGAGGCGCCGAAGAUCUGCUGUUGAUGUCUCGCCUGGUUUUGGUAUCGGAAGGGAUAGCAUGGUGAGUUUAACUGAUCUGUCUGAUGGUUCAGAGGAUUUAAGAAAUACAACUACAGCUUUGCGGCCACGGCUUGGGAACAAGGGUCAGCGUCAUUCGCCUGUGUUUUCCAAGAGCUCUUGCAAUAAAUAUGGCAUGGAGUCAUAUGAUGCAAUCACAGGAUCAUCAUUCAAUGAUGGUGAUGAUGAAGUGGAUGAGGAUCAACUUGGUUUGCCUGGGUGUGGGAUUCCCUGUUAUUGGUCUCGAAGGUCCACGCCAAAGUCUCGAGUAUGGUAUGGGAGUUGCUAUUCUCCAUCCCAAUCCGUUCAUCAAAGACAUCAACAUCAUCAUCGACGGUCCAAUAAGAGGCGAUUGAAUUCUAGAAUUACAUGUCGUAGCGUUGCCAAUGUUCCCCUCCUUGGCAGAGGAAGGUCAUCGAUUAUAAGUGCAGAAACUGAUGAAGACCCCUUGAUAAAUUUUGAAGAGCUUGACAUGGAAGCGUCGAGCAGGUUGGAUGGAAUGAGAUUGCCAUUACAGUCAACGAGACAGGGUGGGUUAGAACUAGAACACAAAUAUAGCGUCCUGGAGAUUGAGAAUGUUGGAAGCAUAAGUCAUAAGUACAGGCCAAUGUUUUCAGGAGAUUUGGUUGGGCAGCACACAGUCCUAGAAUCUCUUUCGAAUGCAAUUUCAAGAGGAAGGAUUGCUCCGAUUUAUCUUUUCCAAGGCCCCUCCGGAACAGGAAAGACUUCAACAGCGAGGAUUUUUGCUGCAGCUUUGAACUGCCUUUCCAUCAAUACGAAUACUAAGCCUUGUGGGGUUUGCAGGGAAUGUGUCGAAUUUGUGUCGGGCAAGAGCAGACAUUUUAUAGAAGUCCAUGGCUCUGAUAGAAAUGGAAUCAAAGGUAUGAAAAAUGUCUUGAAAAGUGUCUCCAUGGUUCAUCAGUUCAAGGUAUUUGCUUUGGAUGAAUGUGACCUGUUGCCUGCAAAGAAAUGGCUUGCUGUUCUUCGAAUUCUUAAGAAGCCAAUGGCGAAUGUCGUUAUCAUUCUUAGAACAACUGAUACUGAAUAUGUGCCGCAUGCUGUGCUAUCGAGGUGUCAGAAACACAUCUUCAACCGAAUUACCUCUGGCGACAUUGUCACCCGCCUUGCAAAGAUUGCUGCUGCCGAGAACUUUGAAGUUGAGGUUAAUGCACUUGAUUUGAUUGCUAUGCACGCAGAUGGCUCGCUCCGCGAAGCAGAAGCCAUGCUGGACCAGUUGAGCUUGCUCGGGAAAAGAAUUGACAUCUCCAUGGUGAAUGAGCUCGUUGGGGUUGUUUCCGAUGGAAAGCUAUUGAACCUUUUGGCAUCUGCCAUGUCGCCAAAUGCCGCAGAAACAGUGAGAAAGGCAAGGGAACUGAUUGAUUCAGGAGUUGAUCCAAUUGUUCUCAUGUCCCGAAUGGCAGGAAUCAUCGUAGACAUCAUUGCUGGUACUUACCCUUCCAUUGAACACAUUCCAGUCUCCGAAAGAGAAUUAGACCAACUAAAGCAUGCACUGGUGAGUCUCUCUGAGGCAGAGAAGCAUCUCAGAGGUUCGAGUGAUUGUUCCACAUGGUUCACAGCAACUCUACUCCAGUUAGGAUCCUCUGCAGCUUCACCUGAAAUAACUGAUGCCGCAUUCGACAGAAACUUGAAUGAAAUCUGGCUUCAAUGCCUUGAGAAAUGCCAUUCAAAGACACUGCAACAACUUCUUCGUGUUCAUGGAAAGCUCGUCUCAAUAUCCGAAGCCAAAGGUAGGUUGUUAGUCCACAUUGCGUUUGUCGACAAAAGCAUCAAACUCCGAGCAGAAGGUUUUCUCAGCAGCAUCACUAAUUCAUUAGAGGUUGUUUUACAACAGAGUGUAGAAGUCAGGAUAGCACUACUUCCAGAACCUACGCAUCGGUCACAGAGUGAUAAAGAUGAAUCAAUAGUUUCAGUUUCCGAUGCUGGCGAUCCGGAUCCCAACACAUGUCACGGGCCAAUGCAGGCGAGGAUCGAUUCUUUUUCCAUGGUCCAUCAGCACCGAAUGGAAACUGCAUGGAAGCAGGCGGUGGCAAAGAAACCAGAAACUGAUCAUAUCCUGUGUCGGGACCAUGUGCCUCUGCAAUCAAGAAAUUCCACUGAUGUUAGGCCCUCUCAGAACCACUGGGAAGACGAGCUGUGUCACGAACUCAAUGCACUGAAACUAAACAAUGGAAUAGUGUCCCGUAUGGCAAGGAGGCUCGACCAAGCCCCCAUCCCUCCCUGCUCGUUGCACAGCAGCAGCUUUGCCAGUAAUUUCCACGAAGAAAACAUCAAAGGAUACGAGUCGGGAUCAGGUGCGCCAUGUUGCAGUGGGAUCUUCUGCUGGAACGAUUCGAAGCAACACCAAGACCAACAGGGACGAAAGGUAAGCCGCAGGAGACGAUUCCCGUGGCUUUGACAGAUUACAGAACAGGCGAUGGUAGCUGAUGUAGCGAUGAUCACAGCCACAGGAAAUGUUGCUUGUAAGUGUUUCUGUUGUUCAUGUUUUUGGAAGGAAUGUGGUUAGAAACACAAGUGUUCUUCAAUAGUGUGUUAUAAUUUGAUUGAGAAUAUUGAUUUGAAUUA